UAUCCUCUACCUCAAUCACAUCACAUUCUUACCACACUACUCACUGUUUGGCUAGCUAGCAACUUAGCUAUCUGUGACUUUAUUAUCUGGAAAGUAUUCAGUAAACUUGGUAAUUACGUAAUAAAUUCAGACUCGUUCAAUGCGACAUUUGAGGUUGCCGUCCUGACUGAUUGUCGCUACUGCCUUGGACUUCUGCGUAGCACCUCAUCGAUUAGCUUCAGACUGUCUAGCUAUCCAGUAGCUAAGCCACAAAGCGGUGGCAGCUAGCUACCAUCGUCUCGCUCUAGCCCUGCCCCACACCCCUCACCGGCCUGGUGCAAGAAGAGGGAAAGCAAUCCUGUUGCUGGUGCCGCCUCUACUGUUUUAUUUCUACACGACGUUUCACUUGUUGGUAGCUUGCCAGUCGAUUGUGCGACAAAGAAGUGGCAAUAUUCAACCGCCACACUUAACUGCCGGCGAGGACAAGUUUACCCACACAGACGCUACUGGACUGAGGUCAGGACAGGAGACCGCCUUUGAGUCGUUGUGUGUUGCCCGCGAGCUACAUUAGCUAACUAGCUACACAGACAAUUUUUGGUAGCUUGGUAGCAAGUGUCUUUUGCUGAGAAGAGUAUUGGCCAUCUAGCCUAAGAGGCAGAACAAACAUUUGUCACGGACACUGUGAACCCUUUCGUUUGCUGUGGAGUGUAUCAGCUAGCUAUAAUUGCAGCUAGCAGGCCAGCUUUCCCGUGUUAAGUAAAGCUAACCUUGUUUUAUCAUCUGAUCCCAUUUAGCUAUUGAAAUGAAAACGACUGUAGCCAGUUUUAAUGCACGUGUUUUUAAAUUAAUGCUAUGUUAACUUUGUCCACAUUUUCACUUAACACUUCAGUUAAGCGAGGUGGGUAGCUAACAUUUUAGUUUCGAUCUUUUGUAAAACGAAGGGUUUAAUAAUCUGGCUGGACACCCACGAAUAUAACUGGAAUUGGAAUUUAAUUGGAUACGGAUACAUUUUGUGACCCUUGUUUUAACUGGAUUAUAACAGCACCGCACCCACUUUAGUGUCAGUCGGAAGUUUUUCAAUUUCCCUCACCCUCGACAACACUUCCCCGUUUCUCUCUCCGAUGUGGAGUGUUGAGUAGCACCGGCAACCAAAACCCCACGGCGGCCGGUCAUGCUGAAGUGUAUCCCGUUGUGGCGGUGCAACCGCCACGUCGAAUCGGUGGACAAGCGACAUUGCAGCUUGAAGGCUGUCCCCGACGAGAUAUUCCGCUACAGCCGCAGCCUGGAAGAGCUUCUACUCGACGCCAAUCAACUUAAAGACCUACCCAAGCCUUUCUUCAGACUCCUGAACCUGAGGAAGCUUGGUCUGAGCGACAAUGAGAUCCAGAGGCUUCCUCCUGAGGUGGCCAACUUCAUGCAGCUGGUGGAGCUGGACAUAUCCAGAAACGACAUUCCUGAGAUCCCAGAGAGCAUUAAGUUUUGCAAGGCGUUGGAGAUCGCAGACUUCAGUGGAAACCCCCUCUCCAGGUUACCCGACGGCUUCACCCAGCUCCGAGCGCUGGCUCACCUGGCACUCAACGACGUGUCACUGCUGGCACUGCCCAACGACAUCGGGAACCUGGCCAACCUGGUGACGCUCGAGCUCAGGGAGAACCUGCUCAAGUCCCUGCCCACAUCGCUGUCUUUCUUGGUCAAACUGGAACAGCUGGACCUGGGGAAGAACGAACUGGAAGUGCUGCCGGACACUCUUGGUGCUCUCCCUAACCUGAGGGAGCUGUGGCUGGAUCGCAACCAGCUGUCCUCUCUACCACCAGAGCUGGGGAACCUGCGGAGGCUGGUGUGUCUGGACAUCUCUGAGAACCGGCUGGAGGAGCUGCCCUCAGAGCUCAGUGGUCUGUUGGCCCUCACUGACCUGCUGCUCACACAGAACCUGCUGGAGAUAGUCCCUGAUGGAAUAGGCAGUCUGAAGCAGCUGUCUAUCCUGAAAGUGGACCAGAACCGCCUCACGCACCUCAGUGACUCCAUAGGGGAGUGUGAGAACCUGACAGAGCUGGUGCUGACUGAGAACCUCUUACAGACUCUGCCUCGCUCGCUGGGCAAGCUGAAGAAGCUGACCAACCUGAACGUGGACCGGAACCGCCUGGGCAGCGUGCCCAGCGAGCUGGGCGGCCUGGCCAGCCUCAACGUGCUCUCCCUCAGGGACAACCGUCUGACCAGGCUGCCCGCCGAGCUGGCCGACGCCACGGAGCUGCACGUGCUGGAUGUGGCGGGGAACAGACUCCAGAACCUUCCAUUCGCCCUGGCCAACCUCAACCUGAAGGCCAUGUGGCUAGCAGAGAACCAGUCUCAGCCCAUGCUCAAGUUCCAGACCGAGGACGACGAGAGGACAGGGGAGAAGGUGCUGACCUGCUACCUGCUGCCCCAGCAGCCCUCUCCUAGCCUGGAGAACCUGCUCCAGAACAGCGUGGACGACAGCUGGACCGACAGCAACCUCAACCGUGUGUCCGUCAUCCAGUUCCAGGACGAGACCAAGGGCGAGGAGGAGGACGACGAGGCAGCGGCCGAGCGCAGGGGUCUACAGCGCAGGGCCACGCCCCACCCCAGUGAGCUGAAGGUGAUGAAGAAGGUGAUAGAGGAGAGGAGGAACGAGGUCUACUCUGCCAGGCCUGAUGGAGAACUGGACUCUCCAGGAGCAGAGGAGAAGCGACUGAGCGGUCUUUCCAAUCAGAGCCACGACUCCCAGGCGUCCAACAGCACGGCAUCGGCCAACUCCCACGAGGAGAGGCGGGGCCUGAUCCCCAUGGGGGAGGAGCUUGUGGAGGUCCGGGGCCGAGAGGAGGAGGACCUGGAUGAAAUGGAGGUCGAAUACAUCGAGCCCACGGUGCACUUUGCGGAGGAGCCCAUCAUCCGCGGCGGCGGCGGCGAGGAGGACGGCGAGCAGGACGGCGAGCGCAGCGAGGACGAGGAGGAGCGGGAGGGGCGGCGGGCGGCACUCUCCUCGGAGAAGCAGCGGCUCAUCAGGAAGGACACGCCGCACUACAAGAAGCACUUCAAGAUCACCAAGCUGCCCCGGCCUGAGGCGGUGGCUGCACUGCUCCAGGGCUUCACCCCCGAGGGCCGCCCCCCCCCCACACGGGCCCCCGCGGAGGAGGAAGAGGAGGAGGAGGAGGAAGAGGAAGAUGAAGAGGCGGAGGAAGAGUGUAAUGUCACCCCUCAGCGCCACCACAGGGUAGAGAUGGCAGAGCUGGAGAACAGCCGCCACCUACAGGGCAACUCCUCCCUGCAGCCUGUUAAGGGGGUGUCAUUUGAUCAAGUCAAUAAUCUGCUGAUUGAGCCUGCUCGAAUUGAGGAGGAAGAGCACACCCUGACCAUCCUGCGCCAGACAGGGGGCCUGGGCAUCAGCAUAGCCGGAGGGAGGGGCUCCACGCCCUACAAGGGAGACGACGAGGGGAUCUUCAUCUCCAGGGUGUCUGAGGACGGACCUGCAGCCAGGGCCGGGGUCAAGGUCGGGGACAAACUCCUGGAGGUGAACGGCGUGGACCUCCACGGGGCGGAGCACCACACGGCGGUCGAGGCCCUCCGCAGCUCGGGCUCCUCCGUCUCCAUGACGGUGGUGCGGGAGCGCAUGGUGGAGCCGGAGAACGCCAUCACCACCACGCCCCUGCGGCCCGAGGACGACUACUUCCCCCGGGAGCGGCGCAGCAGCGGCCUGCCCUUCCUCAUGGACGCAAGCCCUCCCGCCCCCCGCCACCGCCUCUCCACCUGCCUGGUCCGCAACGACAAGGGCCUGGGCUUCAGCAUAGCCGGGGGGAAGGGAUCCACCGCCUUCCGGACGGGUGACACGGCUAUCUACAUCUCCCGCAUCGCCGAGGGCGGAGCCGCCCACAGAGACAGCACGCUGCGAGUGGGAGACCGGGUCCUCUCGAUCAACGGUGUAGACAUGACAGAGGCCAGACAUGACCAGGCAGUAGCGCUGCUUACCGGCACCUCCCCCACCAUCGCCCUCCUGGUGGAGCGGGACCAGGCGGCCCCGGGGGGCUCCCCGGGCCAGUCCCGUGCCCGUGCACACUCCCCUCCACCUCCAGAGCCCUCCGACUCCCCCGACCAGGAGGACCCCACCGACGAGCGCCUCUCCCCCCACGGGAACCACCUGAGCCAGCCGCUGGAGGAUGAGUACCCCAUCGAGGAAGUGAUGUUGGUGAAGGCAGGGGGCCCUCUGGGGCUGAGCAUUGUGGGAGGCAGCGACCACGCCAGUCACCCGUUUGGCAUCAGUGAGCCGGGGGUGUUCAUCUCUAAGGUGAUUCCGCAUGGCCUGGCAUGUCAGAGCGGCCUGCGUGUUGGAGAUCGUAUCCUGGAGGUCAACAACAUCGACCUGCGACACGCCACCCACCAGGAAGCUGUCAGAGCUCUGCUGUCCAAUAAGCAGGAGAUCCGCAUGCUGGUGCGCAGGGACCCCUCGCCGCCAGGGAUGCAGGAAAUAGUCAUCCAGAAGCAGCCAGGAGAGAAGCUGGGCAUCAGUAUCCGUGGAGGUGCCAAGGGCCACGCUGGCAACCCCUUUGACCCCACUGACGAGGGCAUCUUCAUCUCCAAGGUGAGCUCGAGCGGGGCGGCGGCGAGGGACGGCCGUCUGCAGGUGGGCAUGCGCAUCCUGGAGGUGAGCAACCACAGCCUGCUGGGGAUGACCCACACGGAGGCGGUGCGCGUGCUCCGCGCCGUGGGAGACACCCUGCUCAUGCUGGUGUGUGACGGCUUCGACCCCGGCAACGCCGCCACCAUAGAGGCUUCACCUGGAAUCAUCGCCAACCCGUUUGCCGGGAACAUCGUCCGCAAAAACAGCAUGGAGAGCAUCUCAUCGAUUGACCGAGACCUGAGCCCAGAGGAGCUGGAGAUCCUGCAGAAGGAGUCGGAGAUGGUGAGGGAGACGUCCCAGUGGGAGAGAGAGGAAAUGGAGAAAGUGGAGCGCAUGCGUUUGGAGCGAGAGGAGGCAACACGUCUGCUAGAAGAGGAGACCGAGAGCCUGAGCUCAGGGCCUCUCAAGCUCGACUACAGGACCCUGGCAGCCCUGCCCACCACCAGCCUGCAGAAGGUCAACAGGGCGCCUUCCACUGAACCCCAGAGGACUGAAAGCCCUGUGAGAGAUGCCCCCUACUCACCCAGCUUACAGCCGGCCAGCAUCCAUUUCACUUCCAACUCCACUGCCAAGGAGACCUCCUCAUCAACGAGACCGGGGGCCAUCCAGCCUCAGUCUCGCGCCCGGCCCAGCACCUCCCCCGCUACGCCGGACGGACACGCCAGCCCCAACCCCUUCCAACAUGGCCCCUCCCCCAUCAACUCCCAAACCCCUACCCCCCUGCAGCCUCGCGCCCCCUCCCCCGCCUCACCAGACGAGUUCCCUCUGAAUAUCAAGCAGGCAUACAAGGCGUUCGCCGCCGUGCCUCACUCCCACGCUGUGCUGGAGCCGCCGCAGGAUCUCUAUGGCCUGAGGAACAAUGUCCACUCCAUGCAACCUUCUCCAGAGCCUCAGCUGUACAACGAGGUGUUUGAGGAUGAGGUGGAGGGGGGGGUGGGGCUGAUGUCCCCUCUGUCUCCUGACCGCCGGGAGUAUCUGAAUCUGGCGGCGGUGCCACGCCUCUCCAGACCCUCCCUGGAGCUGAAGACGCCCUCCCCCGGAGGCAGGGGCAGCCCCGAGCAGCGCUCCUUCAGAGACCGGCAGAAGUACUUUGAGAUCGACGUGAAGCAGCAGACCCCAGACAAGCCCAAGCCCCGCGUGUCCCUCGUGGGAGAGGACGACCUGAAGAAAAUGAAGGAGGAGGAAGCGAGGAGGCUGGACCAUCCCCGGGAGUUCCUCCUGGACGAGGAGGAGGAGGAGGAGGAGGACCUGGCCAAGCAGAUGGCUGACAUGAAGGCCCAUGGCAAGGUUCUGCUGGACGGGGUGGAGUACAAGGUGGAGAGUGUGGCCACGCCCCCCAGACACUGCUCCACCCCUCCCAGCUACAAUGCCACGCCCCCCAGUUACUGCGGCAGCUCAGGGCCCUCCUCAGUUGAUGGGAAAGGAGACUCUCCGAGGAACUCAAUGGAGGAGAGCUUCAGGCUGGAGCAGAGACCCAACUCCAUGACGGGCCUGAUCCCGGUGUACCCCGGGGAGUCGGGGGCUCCCAUCCGGACGGCCAAGGCAGAGCGGCGGCAGCAGGAGCGCCUGAGGAUGCAGAGCCCUGAGCUGGCCACGCCCUCCGUCAAGGACCUGUCCCCCGCCGAGAAACGAGCCCUGGAGGCCGAGAAGAGGGCCAUGUGGAGGGCAGCCAGGCCCUAUGGCCUGGAGGAGGAUGUUAAACAGUAUGAGCAGGACCUGGCUAAGAGGCUGUACCAGUCCAGGGUGAGGGCGUCUCAGGGCGCUGCCUCCGCCCCUCCCCAGCCCCCCACCUCCUCCUCCUCCGCUGCCUCCUCCCAGCUCAGGAUGAAGUCUCUGGAGCAGGAUGCGCUGAAGGCCCAGAUGGUCAUUGCCAAGUCCCGGGAUGGCAAGAAGCGUGGCACUCUGGACCAGUUGGCCGAGUCCCCCUCACCCGCCCCCACCCCCUCCCCCACCCCUCUGGAAGAUGUGAGUCCUCGGGGAGUGACGUCACCAGGCAGACUGUCCCUGUCAGAAAAGAAGUUUGACUACAGACAGUUUGCUGCCAUUCCUUCUUCCAAACCCGUAUACGACAUCCAGUCCCCAGACGCUGUCGAUGACAUCCAGUUUAUUGACGAUGGCUCCAGCAACCCAGUGCCCACCCUGAACCCUGAGGCCGAGGUGCCCGCAGCUCUGCCUACCAGCUCAGCCCUGGAGGAGAUGGCGCUCUACAGCAACAAACGCAAGCUGAGACAAGGCCGCCGCAGCCUGGAGACUGCCGUGCCCACAUAACACCACACACACACGCCACACACAGGAGACACUGAGUGAUCGUUCACUGCAGCACACACUUUGGGAGGUGUAUGUGCAACCACCAUAGAGAAUACAAUGAUGAUAAUCACCACAUACACAUCCAGUCAUAUCCUGUGUGCCAGUCUUGCCUUUACAGUCUGGGGAUUAGAUGGCAUGAAGCUCUGAUGCCAGGAUGAAGGGUUAGGAACAGGAGCUAGUGUGAUGCUUCAAGGCCAUUCUCCAACUUGGUUCAAUCUUCAGUUUGCGUUUUAGAAGCUGAAUUAUAUUAACAGGCGACUGAUAUGUUUGUAUUUUUUCGCCACCUUUUGAUUUUGCUGUUAAAAAAAGAAAAAAGAUAGAAAAAAGAAGAAAAUGUCCAGAAUGGGAGAGAAGAAAAAAAGAUAGAA